UGCCAAUCUUUCGUGGAUUUGUAUUCUUAAUAUUUACAGCUUUCUUUUUGUAUUAUACAUGCUCGAUUGUGUUUCAAAUUUAGUAUUUUCUUCUAACCGUACCAAAUAAAAAACUGAAUCACACACCAAGAACUAGUCUUAGUGGCAAGUCUGGAUCGAUCUCAGGGAGCACACUAAUUCUUCAGACAAAUUAAUUUUCAACUUGAGGUGGGGGAUGAGGGAUUGAGUAGAAAUUGGUUGCAAGAAAGUAAAUAGCAAGUAGGAGAGUAAAACUUAUGAAAAUUCAAUGACAAAAGAAUCUAGCUUGGGUUAUAGCUAUUUCUCCUGUAUUCAAAGAAUUAUUUAUCGAAUUAUCAUCACUUAGCAAUAUGUAAUCUUCACCUAACCAAUUUAAUUGGAACAUCCAGUUAAAUUGUCCUAAGAUUCUAAUUGUUCUAAUUCAAGAGCAUGCAAUAUUGAAUUUCCAAAAAGCGUUAAGUUCCCUUAGGUGGAAGGCCUACUUUCCUAGCAUUUAAUUGACAUUCUAUAGGUUGAAUUCUAGGUUAAUUGGAAUGACUGCAUAUCAAAAUAGAUUUGCAAAAGUUAUACAUUCCCCAAUGUUCAACCUAUAACAAAACAUCAAUAACAUUCAGAAUUGAAACAAAAGAUUACAAUGCAUGAAGUCAAGUUCUCAUAAACUCAAUAGGAUAAAGGGAGAAUCGAAGAAACCCAAGCCAGAUACGAGUACCUUAGCCUCUCAUCCACAUGCUGGAUGAUGAGAAGAUGUUUGGGAUCAAAGACAACAUAAAAGAACUAAAAAAACUGGGAGAAAAGUGGUGAAAAAAGGCUGGAAAUUGAUAUAGGUCAUGGCUGGUUGCGGAAGAACAUAUUUAUAAAAACAUUGAGGUGCUGUGGUUAUGUGAUCUUGGCUAACUUUGAAACUGUUUUACCAAAUGUAUAAUUAAAUAAGUGGGUAAACCAGUUCUUUGUGAUGCUCAAUCUAUUAUGUUGAACCUGAAAAUAUUUUAGAGAUUUCAUGAGAAGGAAGUCAAUUCUUUGUUCAUGGAUAACCUAUUUGGACUCUGAGUUUUGGAGGCCAGGCGUUUGAUCAUCCUACGAAUGCUGUUCUGUCACUCUAUUCAAUACACAUUAUAUAUCUUACAGGGGCUGAUGAGAUUGCUGCCACAUGUUGGUUUGAUCAAAUUUCAUGAGACGAAAGUAGUCAGUGCAUGCAUGGCAACUGUUCAUGUAAUAGCUUCUCAUCUUGGAGCCAGAUUAUGUGAAUGGGACACACCUACUCCUGUGAUCUGGCGAGAACAUCUGCAUAACUUGACUGCAGGGAUACAGUACACAUCUAAACUUGACGAGUUUGAAAGUUUUAUUGGGAGAAUGAGGAAGUAUGGAGUAAUACCUUCAUGCUUUUCCAUAGACUCAAAACAACCGGUCAUACUCUUGAUAGAUGAUCUUCCUUUGACCAAUGGGAAGGCUGCUCUUAGAAGACUUCAGAGCUGUUUGCAUCUUUAUGUGCAAUCAACACAAGUUCCAACAGCCAUUGUGAUUACCGAUUGUGCCAAAGCCGAAACAACAGAUUUCACUGUGCAGUACUUGGAAGAGAUUCAGCUCUGUCUGGAGAAUGCUGGGGCUUGUAAGGUUGCAUUCAAUCCAAUAACAAAUAACUCCAUUAAAAAGACAAUUUCUAGAAUAUGUUCUUGUGAACAGUACGAUCUGGCAGUUGAACAAAUUGAUGCAAUAGCCAAAUCAAGUGGUGGUGAUGUGAGGCAUGCAAUCAUGUCUUUACAAUUAUUUUGCCUGAAACCAAGCCAGAUAUGUUCAUCAUCAUCCAGUGCUCAAGAAUCUUUGAAAGAUGAAGAGAUGCCUCAUACAUUGGUGGACGAUCGAUUCUCUUUUCAAUUUGGCCGCGAUGAGACUCUUUCUUUGUUUCAUGCCCUGGGAAAAUUUUUGCACAACAAACGACACAGUGUAAAUGAAUUGGUAUUAGACAGUGAAUUUUCUGUUCAGGAAAGUUUAUUAAGACGGCCACUUAAUAUGGAUCCUCCAGAAAAGGUUCUCUGUCAAGCACAUGGGCAAGCCAGGCCUAUUGCUGACUUUCUACAUGAAAAUGUUCUUGACUUCAUGAAUGAGGAAGCUAUAGAUGAUGCAUGGGUUGUGGCUUCGUAUUUAGGUGAUGCUGACACGCUCCUUUCUUCCUACGACGGAAUGCUAGCCAGGCAUAAUGAUGCAGAAAAUAUUCUACACUUGGCUGCUGCUUCAGUUGCAGUCCGUGGGGUACUAUUUGGCAAUUCUCAUCCGUUGUCUUCCAGGUGGCAUGCUAUUCGUAGACCAAAGCUUUGGCAAAUCGAGGGAUCAUCACUGUCCAAUAAGAAGAUGGUUAAACAAAGAUUUGUCCCUUAUGGUGGGAUCAGUUUAGCUCAUUUUUCAGUAGUUGCCACCGAGUAUGUACCUGCAUUGAAGUGGCUGGGUAAUAGUGUGUCCGAAGAUCAUGAAAAGUUAUGGGCAUUGACCGAAGAAAAUACAGGUUUUGAUAUGGUGAUUUCAGGAGACCAAGAAAGUCAUACUUCUGAAGAAGAAAUUGAAGAUUGGUAAAUUAGAUAGGCACCCCGUUCUGUAAGCAAUCCCGAGAUGAUUGGAUGUCUUUCUCCACACCAUAUGUGGUUUUGUAAAAUGUAAUGAACCUUCUUUUACAUUCAAAUAUUAAUAUGAAAUUAAGUACAAAUUAUGUCUUUGUUACAGAAAUCCAUUGCCUUUCCAUUUAA